GGAAGAACGUUGUUAUCAUAUUCCCUCAACAACCUUAAUAUCUUAUUUUCGUGCUUUAUACGUGAUUUUUUUAUUUUAAAGAUAGUGUCGUUCGUUUCUAGUUACUUGUGAAAUAACCCAUAAAGUUGAAAAAAAAAAGAUGGAAUUGCCACAUAUAGGAACUAACUGUGCGGAACCAACCUGUAGGCAGCUUGAUUUCCUCCCAUUUACAUGCAAUAUGUGUAAAAAGGAAUUCUGCGUGGACCACCAUAAAUACGAAGACCACAGCUGUCCCGAGAGCUACAAGGCCGACGUUCGAAUCCCAGUAUGUCCCCUGUGCAACCAACCGGUCCCCAGUAAGAGGGGCGAAGCUCCUGACCUUGCCGUCAAUGAUCACUUGGAAAAUAAUUGUAAAAAUAAAAACAAGAAGAUUUAUACCAACAAAUGCUCGGCAAAUGGUUGCAAAACGAAGGAGAUGGUUCCUGUUUCCUGCAAUGCCUGUGGCCUUAACUACUGUUUGCGGCACAGGCAUACUACUGACCACGACUGCAAGGGGCCUGCAACGUCACGAGAUAAAGCUGCUAAAGCUGCCAUGUCCCGCAGCGGCACCAGCAGAGGGCAGAGCAACGGCAGUGUCUCCCGCGGCCUCAGCAGCCUAGCGGACGCAAGUGCCCAAGGCAUCAGGCGGUACUUCUCCCCUUCCCCCCCCUCCGCCGGACCCAGGCCGACCGGGCACUCACAGCAGCACCAGAGGCAGCCGGUCCGGACGCCUCCCAGCCUGGCGUCGCUGCAGGGUGCAAUGCUCAGAAUUCUCCUUGAGGUGUUACGGGCACAUGUGUUGCCGACACCAGAGUUGUCAACACCAGGUUUAUCUUAA